GAUAUAGUGAAUGCGGGGUCCGGGGAGAGCGGAUAUAGUGAAUACGGGGUCCGGGGAAAGCGGAUAUAGUGAAUGCGGGGUCCGGGGAGAGAGGAUAUAGUGAAUGCGGGGGUCCGGGAGACUAGAUAUAGUGAAUGCGGGGUCCGGGGAAAGCAGAUAUAGUGAAUACGGGGUCCGGGGAGAGCGGAUAUAGUGAAUGCGGGGUCCGGGGGAAAGCGGAUAUAGUGAAUGUGGGGUCCGGGGAGAGCAGAUAUAGUGAAUGCAGGGUCCUGGGGGAGAGCGGAUAUAGUGAAUGCGGGGUCCGG